CCAGCCGUUAAACCCACUCUUGGUUAAAACCCUAGAGCUUUCUUCUUCUUCUAGACCCUUCUCUCUACUUCUUAUAACCCAUUUCUCUCAGACCAGUUUCUUCUCCAUUUUGUUCUCUCUCUUCCUCCAAGAAACAGUCUUUCUUUCUUUCUUUUAGUUUUCUAACAUCAUGUACCGCUUUGCCUCAAACCUUGCCUCCAAGGCCCGGAUCGCCAGGAACUUCAAUCAGCAGAUCAGUGGGAGAUUGAAUUGCAGCAGAAACUAUGCAGCAAAAGAAAUUAAGUUUGGAGUUGAAGCUCGUGCUUUGAUGUUAAAAGGUGUUGAGGAGCUUGCUAAUGCCGUUCAAGUUACCAUGGGACCAAAGGGUCGCAACGUGGUGAUUGAGCAGAGUUAUGGUGCUCCCAAAGUGACAAAAGAUGGUGUAACGGUUGCAAAGAGUAUUGAGUUCAGCGACAAAGUCAUGAAUAUUGGUGCAAGUUUAGUGAAACAGGUUGCCAAUGCGACAAAUGAUGCCGCUGGUGAUGGAACCACUUGUGCUACAGUACUUACCCGCGCGAUAUUCGCAGAAGGCUGCAAAUCUGUUGCAGCUGGUAUGAACGCCAUGGACCUAAGACGGGGUAUUUCCAUGGCUGUUGAUUCUGUUGUAACAAACUUGAAGAGCAGAGCAAGGAUGAUUGCUACUUCUGAAGAAAUAGCACAGGUUGGAACCAUAUCUGCUAAUGGUGAAAGGGAAAUUGGUGAGCUGAUAGCUAAGGCUAUGGAGAAAGUUGGCAAGGAGGGUGUGAUCACCAUUCAGGAUGGAAAAACAUUGUUUAAUGAAUUGGAAGUUGUCGAGGGGAUGAAACUUGAUAGAGGUUACAUAUCCCCAUAUUUCAUCACAAACCAGAAGAAUCAGAAAUGUGAAUUAGAAGAUCCUUUGAUUCUUAUCCAUGAGAAGAAAAUAUCAAAUUUGAAUGCUGUUGUCAAAGUUCUUGAGUUAGCUUUGAAGAGACAAAGGCCAUUGCUGAUUAUCGCGGAAGAUGUUGAGAGUGAAGCCUUGGCAACUCUUAUUUUGAAUAAAUUACGCGCUGGGAUUAAGGUUUGUGCCAUCAAGGCCCCUGGCUUUGGGGAGAACAGAAAGUCUUGCCUGCAAGAUCUUGCCACUCUCACAGGGGGUGAAGUAAUAACUGAAGAACUUGGUAUGAACCUGGAGAAUGUGGAGUUGACUUCACUUGGUGCAUGCAAAAAGAUCACUGUAUCUAAGGAUGAUACAAUUAUUCUUGAUGGUGCUGGUGACAAGAAAGCCAUAGAAGAAAGAUCUGAACAGAUAAGAUCGGCAAUUGAAUUAAGCACAUCUGAUUACGACAAAGAGAAAUUGCAAGAGCGAUUAGCAAAGCUUUCUGGAGGGGUUGCUGUACUGAAGAUCGGUGGUGCUAGUGAAGCUGAAGUUGGUGAAAAGAAAGAUAGAGUCACAGAUGCUCUUAAUGCUACAAAGGCAGCCGUAGAAGAAGGAAUUGUGCCAGGUGGUGGUGUUGCUCUUCUAUAUGCAUCGAAAGAAUUGGACAAACUGCCAACAGCAAACUUUGAUCAGAAGAUUGGUGUUCAAAUUAUUCAGAAUGCUUUAAAGACACCAGUUUACACAAUAGCUUGUAAUGCUGGAGUUGAGGGUGCUGUCAUUGUUGGUAAACUACUAGAACAAGACAACCCUGAUCUUGGUUAUGAUGCAGCCAAAGGUGAAUAUGUUGAUAUGGUUAAAGCUGGAAUCAUAGAUCCAUUGAAGGUUAUCAGAACAGCUUUGGUUGAUGCUGCUAGUGUGACAUCGCUAAUGACAACCACAGAAGCAAUAGUGGUUGAACUUCCAAAGGAUGACAAGGAAGGUUCACCAAUGGGUGGUGGUGGUAUGGGCAUGGACUACUGAUAAUAUAUAGUUUUUCGUGGUUCUGACUCAUCUCUCGACAAUAAUUUUGGUAUCGAAAUCAAUAAAUCAAUCUCCGAAUUUGUAAUCAUUGUGAGUUAUUAAGUUCAGAUAGCAUGUGUAGGAUAUUAUUAUAGAACCAACCCGCAAGCAGCAUGUCUCUUUCAUUGUUGUUUUGGGAUUCGAUUUUUCAUAGGCAGAAACAUUUCUGCUGAGUUAUAUUUUAACCGAUGGAGGCUAUAGUUUUGUUUUAA